AUGCAGCUAUCCUUGGAGAGAUCCCAUGGCACCCCAGAUGGGCACUCAGAAAGAUCCAGACUUUGUAGGCCCUCGGAGACGCCGGGUUCGACGCUGCAGAGAAACACGUCUCAAGGAACAAAUAUUGUAGCAGCCCCGUCAUCAGCAACAAACGCAACAGCAGCUGUAGAGUCUCCUCUUCUAACCUUGGCCGACUCUUGGAGGCCUGUCAACGGCUGUGCAGCAUCAGCUUUUGUCAGAGUGUCACUUCAUCUCCCCGCAACCUUUGGCUACACCAGAAGAAAUACAAGCAUGAGCCACCCAUUGUGCUGCACUGCAGCAAGGGAGGGCGUUCGUGUGCAUAUUCAAACGAAGAGUGACUCACUCGUGGUUGGAGGCCUGUUGUACAUGCUUUCCCGCGGCCUCAGUGGGGGACCCCCUUGUGGCGUUUGGGCCUUAGAAACCCUGGGGCCGACCCAGUUGCUGCAGCGUAGCAGCUUGGUGGGUCUUCUACCGGACACUCGCGUUAAAGGCCUCCGUGCAGCCCUUCAGGUUCUUGCUGAGUCCACCCGUGACUUGUUACAGCAACUCUUUGUAGAUAAAGAGCCUUCUAGCUGUGAAGUCUCUGAAGGUGCUGCGUUGGUGUGGGGCCCUAAAUCAAUAGCGGCAGUAAAAGCUGUACAGGCAUCAGCGUCAACAGAGAGACUCCCUGAUGCUACAUAUGCACCAAUUAGAGCAGCGAAAAGACGCACAGAAGAAGUGCCAGAAGGCAAAAACUCGUUGGUGGGUGCCUCUUUGAGGUACUCCCAACUUCCUUUGGGAGAUUCUGAUCCGUCGGACGUUGGCGUGCCACCUCUAGGCCCUCCCACGUCCCUGAUGACGCACGAUGUGGCCACAGCAGCCUUGUCAGAGCAGAGCCGUAGGUCGCUUCCUGUUGCAGGUGGAGCCGGGGACGAAGUGCAUGUCUUGCAGGAGGGAACUGUUGCUGCAGCUGCUGCUGCCGCUGCUGCGGCAACGGCCCCAAAUGCGAGCCAAGAGAAUGACCAGGCCCAGGCAAAUGUGGCUGUUGCUUUCCGGGCAGAUGAGGGGGCCCAGGGCCCCCCCUCAGUAAAACCAGAGGAGGCGUUGGUCUCCGAGUGCUCUUCCGGCUGCCGGAAGCGGAAGACAGGCGUAGGAGGGGUGCCCCCCAAAACUCCCUUCAAUUGUCGCAGUAAGGCGAGGACUACAAUUUUGUCUGGGUCGGGAGGUUGCUGUGGUGGGAGCAGCAGCAAGUUUGUCUCCGCUGCUGCAGUGCUGGAGGAGGCGCGAAAGGUGAAGGAUUCGCUGCCUGAGCUGUCUAAGGACUUUCUCGACAGCCUUUUGGCAAGGGGUCUCGAGCCGGUUACCUUAAAGGAAGUGCUAGAAGAAAGGAGACUUCAGUGGGCCGCUACGCAGGUGCGAGACGAGCGCGCUGAAUCUGAGCAUGCGCGACUUUUGGAGGCAUUCCAGCGGCAAUGCGAGGGCUGGGGCAACAAUCGGGAGGGAUGGGUACAUAGCAAAUGGCACAGCGUCAUUGUCUGUCCAGACUUCAAGCGUGGGGGUCUCCAGGUGUCCCGAUCAUCGAUGCGGGAUAUGUGGAAUAGCAUAAUGUCGGUUGUUCACGGCUUCGUGAACCCCGACUUGCUGGUCUGCAGGGUUACCGAUCCGACCCAUCCUGUGCGCUUUGCAACGCCGCCUGGGGAGAGCUGCUAUACCGUAGUCUACGCUGGCAGGGAGCCACUAAGGGCAUCCAGGGAGAGAAAGAUAUUGGGAGAAUACACAGGACACGUCAGGGCGGGAAGCACCAACAAACAGAGAUUCGAAUACGUUUUUGACUUGUCAUUCUGUGCAUUGGCCUGGCGCGCGGCUGAAGAAUUUGAGAGGGAGAGCGACUCUUCAGGAGACGAAGGCAUUCCCGCCGUCCCUAAGAUAUCGGUGCCUACUUGUGAAAAUGCAGUUGAUUCCAGUAAAGCGACGGCAGCUACUAAAAAUGCAGCAGAAUCUGCGAGCGAAGGCAAACGCCGAGUCCAAGUCACUGGGGCCCACAACAUUAAGCGGGUAGCACUACCUGUGCGUGGCGAGUUGGUACUGGAUUCGCACGACGCGUGCAAUCAAAUGUCCCUUGUCAAUCACUAUGGAACCAUCGGACUACUUGGCGACAGAAUUUGUCACUGCAACACUGAGUGGCAACAAGUCUUUGUCGACGGCUGGCCCCACGUCGUUCUUACCACCAUUCCCGGAGUUGCAAUUGAACCGGGGGAUGAGGUAUUGGCGGACUUCGGUUAUGAUUGGUUUAACCGAGUGCAGGACGCCUCCCACAAGGCCAUUGCUCGCGAACUCCUCGACUACCGGAUAGGCGCAAAGACUGGCGGCUAUCAGACUCUGGCCCCGGCAAGGAGUGCAGAUUGCGUGGUGAGGGAUAGCGAUGCUACCCUGCAAACACGAGCUCGAAUGGGGGAGGUCUGUCCGUACUGUCAUUCGGACGAGAUCCCCGUGGUCUCCAGUUCUGCCGCCAGGUCCCCCGUAAAAGCUGCACCGAACAGCAGCAAGGCUGCAGUGGGCAAGCAACAGGACACAGCGGAAGGCAGGCUGGAGACUCGAGCGCAGGAUUUUGGGGAACUGACAGAAAAUGCGACAGAAACAGCACCUCGUUGGGGAGAACAGGUCGUUCACUGCGACGGCUGCGACAGACCCUGCCAUCUUCGUUGUAUUUUUGGAGCGCACAGUGGCGAUCACUGGACGCAGCAACAACAACAACCUGCGAUCGGUACUUCAAGCGUUUCCGUCCCUGAAAGCAGAGAGGCCGCUCUGCCUGCCGGUGGGUUUGGUCUGAUUACCGGGGGAGAAACAGUCGAAGACGUGUGUCGAUGGUUUGUUGAAGGGGACUGCAAAUGGUACUGCUGUAUUUGCCGGCUCCAGUGGGAGAGGAUGGCGGCUGCAAUGAACUUUUCUGUUGAUUGGACGGCCCGAAGGGUGCUCGGGGAUGGCAACCCGCUACUGCUGCGGUCUCCUUCCGAUUCCAUCGCGGAAGUACGAGCUGCUGCUCCAGGCCUGUUGCGGUCUAAGGAGGAACAACAGGAGGUCAAAGAUAAUUCCACAGGGACUCACAAUAGUGACCCUUCUGCGUCCAUCACUAAGCGCAGACCAUCGGCCUUACGGCGUGGAUCUAUCAGCGCUCUGCUUUCAAAGAGACAGCGAAAGGCUCCAAAGACCUCUCCCCACUUCACACGAAGCUCAAAGGGGCUAGUCAAUGCCUUUGGGGAGCAAGGCGCUUCCUCAUGCGGCCCCUUGCCUGUACCGAAGGGCGAGGAAGGAUCUGCACAGGAACUAGAUGGCUCUGCCUCUCGGGGCAACACUGAGGCCAGCGAGGCUGUCAUCGGAGGGCGAACCGGUAGCGAGGGAGCUCUAGCGAUCCACUCAGCCGAUACUGGCACUUCUGCCUGCGAGACUGUCGAAGGCAAGAGCACUAGCUCAAAGGAAGUCUCAGAGACCCCCCUACUUGAGGUCAAACCCGGAUUCCCUGGGGACGUGGUGGCUGGGCUUUCCACUGGAGUCCCCGAGUCCCCUCUCUCUGGUGCUGACAGUGACGUUCCCCUCAAAACUGCGAAUUUGUGUGUCGAACCCGCAGUAGAUUUAUCUGGCGAGGGUGCAGCGAUGGAUGCCUGUAGCACGGGCAACGAGGAAGCAACAGCGACGGAGGUUGCUGUAGGUGGGGAGGCCGCGAACACCACCGAAGCGGGGGCUGAGAGAAAAAGUUCUGGAGGUUUUGUGGUUCAGGAGCCGAUGAGAGUGUACAAAGACAGCAGGGAAAAGUGCAAAGAGAGCAAGAUGCAGCCAUGUCCCGUAGCCGUAACUGUCUCCGAACUGUCAAGUGAAGAGCUGCUGGGGUGCCGGACGGAGAUGCUAGUAGAGCCUCGUACAUUGCUAGGUUCUUUGCAGCCAUGUGUGCGUUGUUACAAAUUAUACGGAGCAAAAGCAAGUGUUGAGGUGUGCCGACUAACAAAAAGGCACCUAGCAUCUAAUUGGGAUCACCCCCAUUUCGCCUCUCCUGCGCAAAUACAAGAUGCACUGCUGACUUGUUUCCAAGACGCGUUGUUGACUGUUCAGCGGGAACACCGAGAGAAGCUGCAGCAGGUGCUUGAAGGGAUGAACCCCCUGCAGAGAAAGGCAAGUAUGAACGCCCUGCUGGCGGGCACCAGGCAGCCUCGCAUCCACGCAACUGCAGCGCGACGCAGUGCAGAAGACCCUCAAGGUCCAGAAGUCCAUGCAAGCGAAGUGUUGACCAAGGGUAGUAUUCCUCUAAUUUCAGUUACCUUGGGGAAGACAAGGGUAGACUGCAAGUAUCGGGAUCCCGAAAACCCGAAGAAGCUGAAAUGGUAUUAUGGCUGCGUGACGGAAUACCAAGCGGUGGCACCGGAGGUGAGGGACGCAGAGCCCGAGUCUAGAAAGAAAGCCAAGGGAUCAGGUGGCAAGGGGAAGGGAGGAGAAAAGGAAGAAGAAACGGAUAAAGAAAAACAAAUCACAUACUUUACAAAUCAGUUCCGCAUCGACUAUGACGAUGGAGAUACAGAAACAGUGCCUCCCCACGAACUCAUCGAAAUGCUAAUUGCAACAGGACCUGGCAGCAAACUCGACGGAAGGAAAGCCAUCACUACAACACCCCUUGUGAAGAUGCUCUCACCAGAUAUGAAAAAGGCAAAUCGGCAAGUGACUCACCUGGUUCGCCAAACAAACAGGAAAAUGGGAUCUGUAGAAUCUGGUUCUGAAUCUGACGGUGAAUAA